AUGCAACGUCUCGAUUGCCACGUUAAGGAGUACGCAUGGGGGAAAAAGGGUGAAGAGAGUGAGGUGGCGACUCUCUUUGCCGCCGGUCAUCCGGAAUUUUUCGUCGAAAGAACGAAUCCAUAUGCGGAGUUAUGGAUGGGCACUCAUCCCGAUGGACCGGCACGAAUUGCAUCCACGAAACAACUCUUAUCAUCUUUCAUCGCGAAAUCCUACUCAUCGCAAAUGCUCUUCAACAAUAAUUUGAGAAAAGACAUUCAUUUGCCGUUUAUAAUGAAAGUGAUGAGCAUCGCGAAGACUCUGUCCCUUCAAGUACAUCCGACAAAGGAACAAGCCGAGCGAUUGCACGAGUCGGACCCGGUUCACUAUCCGGACAGACAUCACAAGCCCGAACUCGCCUACGCACUCACCCAAUUCGAACUGUUGUGCGGUUUUCGGCCAGCUCGCGAGAUUGUCGCAAAUCUGCGCGCGUUUCCAGCGCUUAAAUAUUUGAUGGGCGUACAAAACAGCGAAAAACUGAUUGAGAUUAUUGAAUCGGGUGCCGAUCCGCGAAGCAACAAGUGCAAGUCCCGUUUGGCCGCCUGUUUCGCUUAUCAGCUUGCGCAGCCAAAAGAUCGAGUCGAGGAUUUUGUCGAUGAGCUUCUCGCAUCAAUCUCACGUGGAGCUCGUGGCUGUCUCACCGAGUCCACCGUCAGUGUGAUCAAGAAAAUGUCAGUGGAUUUCCCGGGAGACGUCGGCAUUUUCGCGCCACUCUACCUCAAUCACAUGGUCCUCCAACCGGGCCAAUGCUGCUACUAUGCAUCGCAAGAGUUGCAUGCUUAUUUAAGCGGAGAAUGCGUGGAAUGUGUGGGCUGUUCGAAUAACACGAUUCGCGCCGCGCUCACCCCGAAAUUCAUCGAUCACGACGCGCUCAUCGAGGCGCUCAACUAUCAGAUGACCGAACCGGAGGACUAUUUGGUGCCCGCUCAACGACUCCCAACUCAUCCAAUUGUUGACGAGUACGCGCCCGAUUGCAAAGAUUUCCAACUGCACAGAAUCAGGAUAGAAACCUGCACCCAGACACCGGCUCCAUUACCACAGCUCGAAUGCGCCUCGAUUAUGGUCGUUGUGAAAGGCACCGCAAUAAUGGACGAGAUGCAACCGGGCGCAAGCGGUGAAGCGUUGGGCAAAAACGAACGACGAAUGGUCAGAAGGGGUGACAUCAUCUACAUCGCGGCCGAUCGCCGACUCGCCUUUGUGCACUGUUCAGAGGAUCUCGAAGCGUACAGAACGUUUUCUUACGAGAUUGGCCCUGAUCACGAGAUCGCGGCACCGGACUCAAUUCUUCUCUCAAGUCCAUCGCAGAAAAUCUCGCCAGUUCCGUCGAAGGCCAUCCUGACCACAAUUGAAAAGAAACUCGAUCGCAACGACUCGGGCAUCGUUUUCGAGGUCGAAUCGGAGAUUGACGGUUUUUGU